AUGUCAAAUGAUACAAGUAUGUUAAUAUUUCACGAAUUAUUAAUAGGAUUUAAUACUAACUUUAAUACAGUUGAUUACAAAUUUCAUUCAAAUAAAAAAUGUACAAUUAUUGCAGCACCUUUUUCUGGAGGUCAACCAAAAGGAGGAGUGGAGUUAGGACCUGAAUAUAUAUUAAAUGCUGGUUUUGAAAAACAAAUUUCAAAUUUAGGUUGGCAAACUAAUGUUUUACAUCCAUUAAAUGAUAAAGAAGAAGUUGGAAAAUUUGAAAAGUUAAAAUCAAAUGAAAAAGAUAAAUAUGGUGUGAAAAACACAAAAAUUGUUAGUGAAUGUUGUAAAAUAUUAUAUGAUUCAGUAUAUAAUACGUUAAAUAAUGAUUCGCUUCCAUUAACUAUUGGUGGAGAUCAUUCUAUUGGUAUGGCUACUUGUGCUGCAAGUUUAAAAUAUAAUCCAGAGACUUGUAUUAUUUGGAUCGAUGCACAUGCAGAUAUAAAUUCACCUAAAACAUCAGAAUCAGGAAAUUUACAUGGAUGUCCUUUAAGUUUUUUAUUAGGAGUUAAUAAAGAAAGUUAUCCAAAAGAAUUUUCAUGGGUACCUCAGUGUUUAAAAUCAAAUAAAUUAGUAUAUAUCGGACUUAGAGAUGUAGAUGAAGGUGAAAAAAAAAUAUUAAAAGAUUAUAAUAUUAGUGCUUUUUCAAUGUAUCAUAUAGAUAAAUAUGGAAUUGGUAAAGUUGUAGAAAUGGCUUUAGAUAAAGUAAAUCCAGAUCGAAAAAAUCCAAUUCAUUUAAGUUAUGAUGUUGAUGCGAUUGAUCCAUCAUUUGUUCCAGCUACUGGUACUAGAGUUGAAGGUGGUUUAUCUUUAAGAGAAGGUUUAUUUAUAGCUGAAGAAAUUGCUCAGACUGGGUUAUUACAAUCUUUAGAUAUUGUUGAAACUAAUCCAAUGUUGGCAGAAACUGAAGAAAAUGUAUUAGAUACAGUAUCAGCAGCAUGUGCAAUAGGUAGAUGUGCUUUAGGUCAAACAUUAUUAUAA